AUGCGAAAGAAAGUGAGCAUAAUGGAUUUAAGAGCUUCCAUCCUUGAAAUCCACCCAGUCGCUGGGGUUGACACUGCCCGUGAGAUCAAGCGAUGCGUUGGGAAGGAUAGCCUCGCACAGGUUGAGAAAUUUCUCAAUGAGCCCAACAAGGAUAGCGCAAGCUCGAAUUCACGCCGCAUAUUCUCCUUUGAGACCGCCAUCAGUUCAACAGCAUUUCCAAAGCUUCGUUCGCUUCUCAACUCAAAACUUGGCGUGUCGGGCGACAUAUUCGAGAGGCACCAAUGGAGUCAGACGACGUUUCGAUUCAACGAAGUGAUCAAUUGCCCAAGACUACCCACUACCACUCGUCCAAGGAGCUUUUUCUCUUUGGAGUAUUUUGAGUUGUGGCAGGUGGGAGUCACUGAUCACAAGAUCUUCGAUCGCCACAACCCCAGCACUGUGGAAUGUGUUUCCACAGGACGACAAAUCCAGUGCUAUAAGUGGAUGAAGUCACCCGAGCGUGGAUGGCUGCUAGUCGCACCGCGCAAGUGUUCCUUCUGGUCGAGAAAGAACGGUGACGGGUGGACAGUAUGGCUGAACAAACGUCGGGUCGAUCUAAGUAUAAAGCCUUUUGAAGGCGGGUUCCAUGGUUUCAUCCCCGACGAGAUCUUGGGCCUCAGGUCAGAAAAGCCAUUGCACGAGUCAUUUUUCGAUGACUUGAGCUACUAUAGCAGGAACCAUAUCGAUGUCCUCGGACCAUUAGGAGACCCCGUUUCUGCAGCAAUCUUUCCGCGGAAGCUGGUAGCCAGUCACUACUGCCAACUCCUCGGAUUCGUCAGCCACCAAACGGCCUCGAUGCGUUCAUCUGGGUGGGCCGCACAGCGCAGGACACAGCGUGAAAUCGACGAGAGUAACCAGGUCGAGACUGCAUGGAGCCAAUUCAAAUGUCCGGAGUAUCUCGAGGCGCUCGGAGCUGUGUUGGACUCUCUUGGCAUCCCUCAGGGCCAUGAGCCCUACGAUGCCUUUGAUGCCGUAUCCACGGCUGAAGCGGCGCCGACUGACGGAACGCCAGACAUUGUAUCGGGCGAUGGAGAUUGGCUCUCAUCUACUCCGGACUUCCUUUACCUCCACCGCGAAUUCCGCGCCCACCUGGCCGAUUAUGCACGCAUGACCUCGUCGCUAGCGGCGCUGAAUGGGAUGAUCGGUGGCCGCAUAGCUAUUCUCGAAGCUCGCACAGCAAAGUCUCUGACCCUAGUAGCAAUGGUAUUUGCACCGCCCGCAUGCGUGGCUUCUAUAUUCAGUAUACCGUCCGAUAUUUUCGGCACUCAUGGCCCGAAGUUCUGGUGGUAUUGGGCAGCUGCCAUUCCCUUGACUAUACUUGUGUUCCUUGUGACGUACCUGGUGCAUGAGAGGGACGAAUUUCUGAGGCUGUGGCAGGCUCAGAAGCUUGAGACUCAAAAGCCUACGUCUCAUCCACAAUUGACGGGUGAUGGAAGCGAGAAAGUAUGA